AACUGAAAUUUCUGAAGUUACCAAACUGCUGCCAAAUAUUGCGUAUACAUGUAGCAAGUGAGCUAGAGACGGAAGUACUUGUUUGAUAGCAAUAGUGAAACACCACAUUGGCCUCACUGAGAAUAAACUAGUAUGAAAAACAGAUGUUAACUGACUUCAACUGAAGAUAUCAUCUUUUGCUGACUGUUUCUGCUGACAGGAAAUUCUAGAAUCUUUCUGAGGAUUUCAUUACUGUUCAGACUGAUAAAAUGCCUGGAAAAAAACUAAAUCUGCGUGAUCGGUUGGAAGAUGACCAGUUGGACCUUAGUAUGUCUGAUUUAGACGAAGUACCAGUCCGUGAAAUAGCACAAAUCAAGAAGGCAACAUCAUUGGACCUUUCCAAUAAUAGGAUUACAACACUGGGAAAGAAUUUUGCUUCAUUGGUUCAUCUUGUUAAAAUUGAUUUGAGCAACAACUUUCUGACAGAGCUACCUGAAAACUUUGGUGAACUGGUACAAUUAAAGCAUCUGGAUCUUUAUAAUAAUAAACUGCAACACCUCCCAUUAAGCAUUGGACAGUUGAGGAACCUGCGUUGGCUUGAUCUGAAAAACAACCCACUUGUGCCAGCUCUUGCUGAAGUGGUUGGCCCAUGCUUGGAUGCAGCUCAGUGCCAGAAAGCUGCUCGCACAGUGGUGCCCUUUUUACAGAUUAUGCAGGUGCAGAUUGCUGAAGAACGUGAGCGUAGGCAACAGCAGAGAAGGAGACAGCGUGAAUUAGAUGAACUAGCUGCGCAGGAGAAAAAGAAAGAGCUUCAACAGCAGCAGCAACAACAGAAGAAGAAAAAGAAAGCGUCUAAAUCAGCUGAAAAAAUACAGGCAAAAACAGAAAAUGGAGUAAAACAUAACUCACGUCCUAGCCAAUCCAUUGUAGAUGAAGAAAUAUCACAGGAUCCCUCCACUGUGCCAAGGGGUAAAAUACAAAGCAAACAUUCCAACACAAAAAAAGCUGGUAAUGGGUAUGUUCGUCUCAUUUGGACCCCUAUCCUGUUGGUUGUGAGCUGCUUGUUAGGACUCAGUCUGGUUUCUCUGCUGAGCCCUGAACGAUAUUUGUUGUUUCAACAGUCUGUAAAGAACAUCUUACAUCCACCAGCAGCAGAGUUGCUUUGGCAGUUAACUGACUACAUCAGUCAUGGAAUUUUGCAGUGCAGUACUUAUGUCAUGGAAUUUUGGGUAUGGCUGAAGGAGGAAGAAAAGAUCCAGGAGGCAGCUGCAUACUUAAUCAGUGUCUGGCAUUUGUUGUGUCUUAAGGUGGAAGUAGUAUACAGGACGCUCAGUGAUCAGUUGCCUUUGUACAUAGAUAUGGUCAAGAAAAAAAUAUCAUAGUUUUCCUUUGAAAAAUUGUACAUCAAAAUUUUUUGAUACCUUUAUUCAUUGUGAGAAUACAGUGUGAAUCUAUUUCCUUUAAUUUUUAUUGUGUUCACUCAUUUGUAAUUUAUAGAACACAACACACAUCUCAAGUACAUUUUCUCUUUGGUAACUGUGCAAUGCAUUUACAUAGUUCAUAUAUAUUCUAGUUCAUCUAUUCAAACAAAAUACUGAUAUUAGAACUUUGUAAAAAGAACACUGUAUAGCGGAAAUUUUGAUACAUUCCAUUCUACCUGUAUGUUACAACAUAUUUGAGUUGAAUGGGGUUUUGAGUAAGUUUGACACACGUUUUGCACAACCUCUCUCCUAUUCUGCGCUGUUAUGGAGACAUAUAAGCAUAAACACAGGCAUGCAUGUGUGUUUUGCAUACAUUCAUAUGAAAUGAUGGGUAAAGUUUAAAACAUUUUUUGUGCUGUUUGUCCCCAGGGCAGCAACAUUGAGAUUUUCAUGUAGACCCAUUUCGUAAUGUUUUUACGAAGAGAAACUGCAUAUUACUUCACUGUCCUGUGCAUUGAAUUUCUGUGACUUGGCCUGUGGGAAUUAUAGCUGUAAAAUAAAGUGUGAUAUUUGCAAGAAAUAUUUUAGGAGACACUUUAAUUACAGUUCAGAAAUUGGCUUCCAUGCACAAAGUGAGUGGACAGUGCACAUACUGCAAUUUGAUAAUCUGUAAUGAAUUUAUAGAUGUUUUGAGGAAUAACACUGUUCUUCAUACCAAAGAAUAAAUGCACUGAUUUUUACUAA